AUGUGCGAGAAGGCGGUCCCUUUGCUAAGGAGGAGGUGCGUGAAGCGGAGCUGCCCUUCAUGUGGCCCAGAGCCUGGGGGUGAAGAGAAGAGGGGGAGAGGGAACCCUAUUUCUGUUCAGUUGUUCCCCCCAGAGCUGGUGGAACACAUCAUCUCAUUUCUUCCAGUAAGAGAUGUAAUCGCCCUAGGCCAGACCUGCCACUACUUCCACGAAGUGUGCGAUGCUGAGGGCGUGUGGAGACGCAUCUGUCACAGGCUCAGUCCUCGACUACGAGAGCAGGGUUCUGGAGUCCGGCCCUGGAAGAGAGCUGCCAUUCUUAACUACACGAAAGGCCUGUAUUUCCAGGCAUUUGGGGGCCGACGCCGCUGUCUCAACAAGAGUGUAGCCCCUCUGCUAGCCCAUGGCUACCGCCGCUUCUUGCCCACCAAGGACCAUGUCUUCAUUCUUGACUAUGCGGGGACUCUUUUCUUCCUCAAAAAUGCCCUGGUCUCCUCCACCCUUGGCCAGAUCCAGUGGAAGCGUGCCUGCCGCUACGUUGUGUUGUGUCGAGGAGCCAAAGAUUUUGCUUCAGACCCAAGAUGUGACACAGUUUACCGUAAAUACCUCUAUGUCCUGGCCACUCGGGAACAGCUGGAGGUGGUAGGCACAACCAGCAGCCAGGCCUGUGACUGUGUCGAGGUCUACCUGCAGUCCAGUGGGCAGCGGGUCUUCAAGAUGACCUUCCACCACUCCAUGAGCUUUAAACAGAUUGUGCUGGUUGGUCAAGAGACUCAGCGGGCUCUACUGCUCCUCACAGAGGAAGGAAAGAUCUACUCUUUGGUAGUGAAUGAAACCCAGCUGGACCAACCACGCUCCUACACAGUACAGCUGGCCCUGCGGAAGGUGUCCCGUUGCCUGCCUCACCUGCGUGUGACCUGCAUGGCUUCCAACCAGAGCAGCACUCUCUACAUUACUGACCAGGGGGGAGUAUAUUUUGAGGUGCAUACCCCAGGGGUGUAUCGUGAUCUCUUUGGGACUCUUCAAGCCUUUGACCCCCUGGACCAGCAGAUGCCACUUGCUCUCUCACUGCCUGCCAAGGUCCUAUUUUGUGCUCUUGGCUACAAUCACCUUGGUUUGGUGGAUGAAUUUGGCCGAAUCUUCAUGCAGGGAAAUAACAGAUAUGGGCAGCUGGGAACAGGGGACAAAAUGGACCGAGGGGAACCCACACAGGUGCUUUAUCUGCAACACCCCAUUGCCCUGUGGUGUGGCCUCAACCACUCCCUGGUGCUGAGCCAGGGCUCGGACUUCAGCAAGGAGCUCCUGGGCUGUGGCUGUGGGGCUGGAGGCCGUCUCCCUGGCUGGCCUAAGGGGAGUGCCUCCUUCGUCAAACUCCAUGUGAAGGUCCCUUUAUGUGCCUGCUCCCUCUGCUCUACCAGAGAAUGUCUCUACAUGCUGUCCAGCCAUGAUAUUGAGCACCAUCCUGCCUAUCGAGACCUACCAGCCAGCAAAGUGGUGGGAACCCCUGAGCCCAGCCCACGGUCCGGAGUACUCCAGGACCCUGGGGGGACAGCUUGGGCCUGUAAGGAGUACCUCAACCAGAUCCACAGUUGCUCCACAUUGCAGGACCGCAUGGCAAAGAUGAAGCAGAUCGUGGGCUGGAUGCCUUUGAUGGCUGCACAGAAGGACUUCUUUUGGGAGGCCCUGGACUUGCUACAGAAGGCUGCUGGAGGGGUUGGCCAAGGCCCUCCCAACCCCUGA